ACGUACACGCUUCCGAUUUAUUCAGCCAUAUUUAAUUAAGCUGAACGCUGAUUUGGAAAAACAUAUUGACAUUUUGAUUGUUCUUCUUACGAUUAGAUUGAUGUGAACCAAAGAUGCCGACUUAUUUUCAAAAACCAGAAAAUGCACUUAAAAGGGCUGAUGAGUUCAUUGAUGUUGGAAAAAAACAAAGAGCUUUGGAUGCACUUUAUGAUGUCAUAAAGAGCAAAAAACAUAGAACAUGGCAGAAAACCCACGAGCCAAUAAUGGAAAAGUACCUUGAACUUUGUGUGGAGUUGCGAAAGUCCCACAUUGCUAAAGAAGGGCUUUAUCAAUAUAAAAAUAUUUGUCAGCAGGUAAAUAUAAGUUCUUUAGUAGAAGUGGUCAAAAACUAUAUUGCUUUGGCAGAAGAAAAAACAGAAGCCGCACGGAAAGAGUCUCAUCAAACUGUUGUUGACAUAGACGAUCUUGAUUUGCCUGAUUCUCCUGAAAGCCUUUUAUUGAAAGCUGUUAGUGGUGAAGAUCUCCAGGAUCGCACUGAUAGAGCUAUUUUGACACCAUGGGUUAAAUUUUUAUGGGAAUCAUAUAGGCAAUGUCUGGAUUUGUUGAGGAACAAUUCAAGGGUGGAAAGACUUUACCAAGAUAUAGCUCAGCAAGCUUUCAAGUUUUGUUUGAAAUAUUCAAGAAAAACAGAGUUUAGAAAACUUUGUGACAAUCUGCGGACACAUUUGGGUCACAUUCACAAGCAUCAGCACCAGCAAACUGCUAUAAACCUUAACAAUCCAGAAUCACAAGCAAUGCAUCUUGAAACUAGGCUUGUACAGCUAGACAGUGCUAUCAGCAUGGAACUUUGGCAGGAAGCUUUCAAGGCUGUUGAAGACAUUCAUGGAUUAAUUACUCUGUCUAAAAAGCAGCCAAAGCCUUCAUUAAUGGCUAAUUAUUAUCAAAAGUUGGGAUUAGUAUUUUCUAAAUCUGGAAAUCACUUGUUCCAUGCAUGUACAUUGCAUAGACUGUUUAACUUAUCAAGAGAACAGAGAAAAAAUUUGUCUUCUGAUGAGCUGCAAAAGAUGGCAUCUCGAGUUCUUUGUGCUACUUUGGCUAUUCCAAUUCCACCAACAAGAAAUGUCAUUGGAAACUUAUUGGUAAUGGAUGAAAGUACCAUAGAAAAGCAACGCAAAUUGGCAACACUUUUGAUGCUUCAGACACCACCUACCAGGCAGUCCUUGGUUAAAGACUUGGUUAAACAUGGAAGUAUACAAUAUGCAUACCAAGAGCUUCAAAAUUUGUACCAGUCUCUGGAAGUUGACUUCCAUCCUUUGAGCUUGUAUAAAAAGGUCAAGCCAAUAGUGGAUUUUAUUGAACAGAGUGAAGAUUUAUCCCAGUAUGUGCCUCAGCUGGAAGACAUUAUUAUUACCAGAGUGUUAAAACAGAUUGCUCAGGUAUAUCAACAAAUCAAGCUGAGUCGUUUUGCUUCUCUUGUUCCUUUUGCCUCAGAACACAGACUAGAAAGUGUUAUUGUAGAUGCAGCAAAAACUUUAGAAUUACAGGUGCGUAUUGAUCACCGUUCAAGAGCAUUAAGCUUUGGGACUGACUUGGGUGUUUCUCAAAAAGAAGAUUUGCCAGAAGGACCAUACAUCCAGAGUAUGCCAAGUGAACAGAUUCGUAAUCAAGUUAUCAACAUAGCUCAAGCUCUUAAUCAAGCUGUUGAUAUCAUUGGACCUAAAGAGAGCACAUUGGUUGAAGAAGAUGAGUUGAAAGCACAGAUUUUAAAUACCUACCGUUUGACAGCAAAGAAGGAGCAUGCUCGUAUUUUGCAAAGACGCCAGAUUAUUGAAAAUCGUAAAGAACAGUUGGAACAGAAUCAGGACCAGAGGGAGAGGGAGGAACAAGAACUUGCAGAAGAACAGCGCCGUAAAACCUAUGAAGCUGAGAUGGCUAGAUUGGAAAGAGAAGCUGAAGAGCGAAAUAAACAGCGACAACUUGAAGAGCAUGAACAGAUUAAAAAACGACAUGUGAAAGAGCGUUUAGAAGAGUUAAGAAAAACUCCACAUGGUUCAAAGAUUUUACAAAAUAUUGAUGAAGAGGAAAUUGCUGAACUAGAUGUUGAUGAAAUCAUGGCUAAACAAGUAGAGCAGCUGGAAAAAGAGAAAAAAGAAUUACAAGAGAGAUUGAAAGGGCAAGAAAAAAAGGUAGAUUAUUUGGCUCGUGCCAAGCGAAUUGAGGAGAUACCAUUGCUACAAGAUCAGUACGAAGAAGAUCAGAAGGCUAGAAAAGCUUUUUGGGAGGAGCAAGAGAAAGAAAGGAUUGAGUCCACUAAGCUGGAGCGAGCUCAUGCUUUGGAAACAAAAGCGCGUUUAAUAUUGAUGAAAUCGGAUUUAGAUACCUUUACCAACUCUCUCAAAAAGGCGAAAAAGUCUGAAUAUGAGGAUAAGCUCAAAGAUUUUGAAAAGCUGCUAUCAGAGGAAAGACGGAAGCGCUUGCAAGAGCGCAAAAUAAAACGAAAAGAAGAACGUAGACAAAAGUGGAUUCAAGAAAAAGAAGAAGCUGCACAGAGAGCACGUGAUGAACUAUUAAAAAGAGAAAGAGAAGAGAAAGAACGUGAGGAACAAGAAAAAAGAGAAGCUGAAGAAAGAGUUUACUUAGAAAGAAAAGCAAAAUUGGACGAACAGUUAAUCAAACAGAGAGCUAAAGAAAAGGAAAUAGAGGAACGUGAAGCAAAGCGCAGAGAAGAAGAGAGGAAACAGCAAGAAAUAAAACCAUCAGAACGAGUAACAACUGGAAGAGAAAAUGAUGCAGAUUGGCGUGGUGAUAGUGUACCUGUUGAUGAAUCAGAAAGAAAACCAAAAUCUCGAAGUUGGAGAGAGAGAGAGGUAGAAAAAGAAAAUAGCCAAGAGAUAAAACCUCUUGAAAAAAGAGUAACUGGAAGAGACAUGGAUUCAGACUGGCGUAAUGAUAGUGGAACUAUAGAUGAAUCAGAAGGUAAAACUAAACCCAGAAGUUGGAGAGAGAGAGAAAUGGAAAAAGAAAAUAGCUGGAAGUCAAGAAAGGACCCAGAAGCUGAGAAUUGGCGUUCAACCUUCAGAGAACCUCCUAGAGAAAGUUGGAGAGAGCGCCACGAUGACAGGCGUGAGGAUAGAGGUCCUCAAAGAGAUGACAGGCGUGAUGAUAGAGGUCCUCAAAGAGAUGACAGGCGUGAUGAUAGAGGUCCUCAAAGAGAUGACAGGCGUGAUGAUAGAGGUCCUCAAAGAGAUGACUGGCGUGGUGGGGAUAAACAAAGAGAAGCACCAUUAAGUAGAGGAAGCUGGAGAGCCAGAGAUGAUUCAGGUCCACAGAGAGUAGCACACAGAGAUAACAGAGAUAGCAUUGAUGAAAGAAAAGGAGCUGAUUCUGAGGUUAACUGGCGAAGAGGUUUUGAAAGUGAUGAUAAGCACCAUGAUAGAGAUGAAAGAAUAGAAAGAGAUGAUAGAAGAGGUCUUGAUCGAUCUGACAGAAGAACUUUUGAUAGAGAAGAUAGACUAGAAAGAGAUGAUAGGAGAGGUGCUGACCGAAUAGAUAGAAGAACAUUUGAUCGAGAUGAUAGAAUUGAAAGAGAAGAUAGAAGAGGUUUUGACCGAUCUGACAGAAGAACCUUUGAUAGAGAGGAUAGAAAAGAAAGAGAAGAUAGAAGGGUGCUUGACCGACCAGAUAGAAUAACCUUUGAUCGAGAUGAUAGGAGAGCAUUCCAAGAAAGAAGAGCUCCAAUUCGGGAUGAUAGACAUGUUGAAAGAACAGGUCCUCCUGUUGAUGAUCGUAGAGGACCAAUAGAACUUCGAGAGAGAGAUGAAGGGUGGCGACGAGGUGAUGUUCCUAGAGAUGUUCCUUCCAGAGUUGAAAGAAGAAACCCCAGAGAGAACUCUCAACAACAUGAAGAUGAUGGUUGGACCACAGUUCGCUACUGAUAUAUAUAUAUAUAACCUUUAGUGGUAGAGGGUUUUCCUUUUUUUUUUUUUAAUUACAUUUUUUUUUUUCAGUGGCUGUGGAGUCAGAUUUAUUUCAGGAAUAAAUAUAAAAAUGUUGA